AUGCCAUCCAUCGAAGGUCCCAAUAAGCUCCAGACUAUUCCGAAAGUCCUAGUCAUCGGAGGCUCUUACUCUGGACUUGCAGCGACCGUCAAUCUCCUUGACCUGUGCCAUGGAAAAGAGCCCCGCUUUAGCUCUACACCUACAGGUGCCACAUCUCCAAAAACGAAAGUGCCUGUGGAUAUCACCAUCGUUGAUGAGCGUGAUGGCUAUNNUGUAGGUAUAACAGCAUAUCGAAUGUUCACAGCACUGAUUAGCGCCCUAGACCAUCUGAUUGGAAAUCCGUUAGCAUUUGCGUUUGAUGAAGCUGCUUCGAAGAGUUGGACAAGAUUUCGAGACAUCCCUGCACUAAAGUUACCCAAUAUACACUUCCUGCAGGGGAGUGUCUCGAGUAUUGACUGCGAGAACAAGGUUGCAUCGAUAGUGGAUACUGUCACCAAACAACUUCGCAAGCAGCAGUAUGACUAUCUCCUGGCCGCUUCAGGCCUUCGACGAACUUCACCUGUGGUGCCGCAAGCACUAAAUAGAGAACAAUUUCUUGCCGAGGCCAAGGCACAUGCCAAAGCUGUCAGAGAUGCCAAAGAAGGCGUGGUGGUCAUAGGCGGAGGUGAGUACAUCUUGUGUGAACUGGACUCCAGACUAACUUUCAUACCUUUAGGGGCUGUCGGAAUCGAAAUGGCUAGCGAGAUCAAGAUGAUUGAACCCUGGCAGAAGGUUACCCUUAUUCACUCGCGGGAUAAGCUCCUGUCUGCAGAGCCUCUGCCAGAUGACUUCAAGGAACGAAGCCUCGAGCUGCUCAGGGAGACAGGUGUUCAGGUCAUCAUGGGAAUCAGAGUAACGGACACUGCUGCUGAACAGACUGAUGAUGGAGCUGCUUCGUGGAGGCUCACCUUGUCCAACGGUCAGAAGAUCGUAGCUGGGCAUGUCAUUACAGCCAUUUCAAGAAGUACACCAACAUCAGGCUAUCUCCCGCCCGCCGUCCUGGACAAGGAUGGCUACGUCAAAAUCGAUGCUUCGUACGAACAAAGAUUCAUCCCACCUGAACCUUGCUAA